AUGUCGAAGGUUAUUUCCUCCUCUAGAGUCGUUAUCGAAGGUACCAUAAUACCGGCAACCAUCGUUUUCUCUCGUAUUACCGGUAAAAUUCUGGACAUAUUCAAAGACGAGAUUCUUUCGGAGAAAGAUUUGAGAUUACGAUCGUACGAUGUUGUGAGUUAUAGAAAUUUCGGUUCACUUGUGAUCAUGCCGGGACUUGUUGAUUCUCAUGUUCACUUAAAUGAACCUGGAAGAACACCUUGGGAGGGAUUUGCAACAGGAACACAUAUUCCACCUACAACCACUCUUGCUAAUUUUCAGAGAAAGAUCGAUGCGGCAACAGGUCAAGUCUGGGUUGAUACUGCCUUUUGGGGUGGUUUGGUUCCUGACAACUUGGAUGACUUAAUUCCAUUGAUUAGAUCCGGUGUGCGUGGAUUCAAGGGAUUUUUGAUGGAUAGUGGAGUGGAAGAGUUUCCCCUGGUGACGCCGGCCUAUAUAAACAAGGUUCUUGCAAAAGUGCAAAAUGAAAACACGUUGAUUAUGUUUCAUGCUGAAAUGGCACCGGAACCACAUGAGAAUAAAAUACAGGUAUAUUCCCAAUGUUAUAAUAACCGUAACAGCUUAGCGGAAACGAAAACUUGUGGUGAUCAUGGCAAUUUGACCUGUCAACAAGCUGAAAUUCUUUCAUCGUCACCGGUUCUUCAAUAUGUGGAACCUUUGGCCACCAUCGAUGAUGAAAUGUCACCAUUAACUUUAGUUAAAAGCACAAAUGAUGCUCUAACAUCUGUUGAUCCACGAUCAUAUGAUUCAUUUUUGGCUUCGAGGCCAGAUUCUUUUGAAGUCAGAGCCAUUACGCAUAUAAUUGACUGUCAGAAGCAUCACCCCACUGUUCCAAUACAUAUCGUGCAUUUGGCAACCAGCCAUGCCCUUCCAAUCAUUAAAGAAGCCAAAUUCAAAUUGGGACUCCCACUUACAGUAGAAACGUGCUUUCAUUAUCUUACUUUGGAUGCAGAUAAUAUUCCAGCCGGAGCUACCCAAUUCAAAUGUUGUCCACCAAUUCGUUCUGCUGCCAAUAAAGACAAACUUUGGAAAGCUCUUUUGGAUGGUGUAAUCACCUCCGUAGUGAGUGAUCAUUCACCAUGUACCUCAGAUCUUAAAAGGUUGGAUGAGGGUGACUUUUUCAAAGCAUGGGGCGGUGUUACUUCUCUUGGACUUGGAAUGAUUAUGCUUUGGGAAGCAGGAAGGAAGUAUGCCAUUAGUUUAACCGAUAUAGUAAGGUGGUGCUGUGAAAAUACUGCCCAGCAGGUUGGUCUAGCAAAUUCCAAGGGGCAUAUCCGAGUUGGAUACGAUGCAGACUUCGCAAUCUUUGAUCCUGAUGUUGUGUAUAGGAUUGAUAAUACUAGGACAUUUUUCAAAAACAAGCUCACGGCAUUCAGUGGGAAGAAGGUUCAUGGCAGGGUUGUUGAAACAAUUCUAAGAGGCAAUUCCAUAUAUGCCAUCGGUAAAGGUGUCAGUGGAAUGCCAAUGGGUAGACUCAUUCUUUCUCCUAGAGAAAAUAAGCCAUAG